AUGAAUAUGAAAAUAUUAAAUAAGUCAGUGGUAUUAUUAUCCUUAUUACCGUUUCUCACUCUAGUAAGUGCAUCAGAAAAUGUCACUGCCAAUGAUACCGAAGUAACCGACGAAAGCAAAAAUAAUUUUUGUAGGAUUGAUAAAGAUGAAAAUGUUGGUGCCACCUGUGAUAUAACGUUUAAAGAGAUUAACGAAAUUAAUGGGAAAAUAAGACCGGAAUUGUUGAAUAUUGUGCAUAGUGAUUUUUUCAAAUAUUUUAAACUAGACUUAUAUUCUCAGUGUCCAUUUUGGAAUGAUAAUAAUGGAUAUUGUGUGAAUAGAGCAUGUGCUGUUGACGUUAUUGAAGAUUGGGACAAAUUGCCAAGUUAUUGGCAACCUGAGGUUUUGGGUGAAUUAGAUAAAAGUGGUUCAGAAGAAACUUCCUUAGACACACAAGAUGAAUUUUUAAAUCAUUUAUGUGAUAAUAAAGGACCUAACAAGAAUAUACGGGCCACUACUAAUACCAAUAACUAUGGAUUAGUUGGGAAACAAGAUAUUGAGUAUUGCGAUGUUGAUGAAUUUUCCAAAAAGACUGCAGCUUUGGUUGACUUAACAGCCAAUCCAGAGAGAUUUACCGGGUAUGGUGGUGAACAAUCCUCGUUGAUCUGGUCAUCAAUUUAUAAAGAAAAUUGUUUUAUUGAUAACAAGAAUAAGAAUGAUACUAGUGAUAACCAAUGUUUGGCUAAAAAAGUUUUUUUCAGAUUAAUAUCUGGUCUACAUGCUUCUAUUGCUGUUCAUUUAUCUAAUGAUUACUUGAAUACGGAAACUGGUAAGUGGGGGCCCAACUUGGAGUUAUUCAUGGCCAGAGUUGGUAAUUUUCCCGAAAGAGUUGCCAAUAUUUACUUUAAUUAUGCUAUAGUUUCCAAGGCUAUUUACAAAAUUUCUCCCUUUUUGGAAAAUUUGGAUUUUUGUAAUGAUUAUGAUGAAAAAACCAAAGAAAGGAUAAUGCACAUAGCUUCCAAUUUGAAUACUAAAAUUUUUAAUGAGGAUCUAUUAUUCCAAGACGAUUUGACUUCGGAAUUUAAGGACCAAUUUAGAUCCCGUUUUAAAAAUGUUACCAGAAUUAUGGAUUGUGUUCAUUGUGACAGAUGUAGAUUAUGGGGGAAAGUGCAAACCACUGGAUAUGCAACAAGUUUAAAAAUAUUAUUUGAGAUGGAUGAUCAAGACGCAUCAAGCGUGGUUAAUAACCUAACAAAAUACGAGUUAAUUGCGUUGUUUAAUACAUUUGACAGAAUAUCACAAUCUGUCCAAUCUAUUAAUAAUUUUGAAAAAUUAUACUACAAGAAAAUCAACAGUAAUAAUGUAUUUGCCAAUCUUUUCUCCAAAAACAAUUUUUUCAAAAUGUUGCAAAGUUUCGUAUCAAACGUAUCUAAUAAAAGUGAAAAAGUGCUCGUCAAUACUGGUGCCAACACAGUUAAUACUAGGGAUGAUAAGGAUGUUACACCGGCUGACGCUUUCAAAGACAUUAAAAUGCCAGCUACUAAGAAUCGCAAGCCAACUAGUGAAAAUAACAUCAAGAAUAGGUGGCAUCAGGCUUUUGAAACGGAAUGGCAUAACUAUAAAGAAGCAGUUAGGUUCAUUUUGCGUAGCUACGCCGAUUUACCCAGAAAUGUUUAUAAUAUAAUUGUUAGGAAGGUUAGUUCAAUUUGGAAUUCAUUUGUUGGUGUGGAUAAUUAUCUUCCAGUUCAAGAUUCUAAUCCUAAUGUUUAUACAUUAGAUUUCCAUUAA